ACCGUGAAUAUUAUGAGUAUAGAGGAUUUGAUUCCGUAGUUUGGAGAUGUUAAAUUAGCACCAAACGCUUCCCUUAUCCUAGUAAGUUGAUCUCUGUGUCUGUCUGAAGAUGAAAAGUUGUGUCGGUGUUGUCGUUGUCUGAGAAAGAGGAAGAAAUGGGGAGUGGAGUGAACAGAAAAUUUUCUGCAGCAUCAACCCGUGCUCAUUCCUCGAACCAAAACAAAACCACUUCAAUUCACUUCCUUUCAGGAAUUUUGAGAACAGUGUUCGCUGUGUUGUUCAUUGUGGUCGUAGCAUGGGGUUAUCAGGCAAUUCAACCUCCUCCCCCAAAGUUGUGUGGUUCUCCUAGUGGCCCCCCUAUAACAGCACCCAGAAUCAAGCUAAGAGAUGGACGAAAUUUAGCAUACAAAGAGCAUGGUGUUCCAAAAGAUGUAGCCAAUCACAAAAUCAUCUUUGUUCAUGGUUUUGAUGCUUGCAGGCAUGAUGCCUAUGUUGCAAAAACCUUAUCACCUGAUGUUGCUGAGGAUUUAGGGGUCUACAUUGUAUCAUUUGACAGACCAGGGUAUGGGGAGAGUGAUCCUCAUCCAAGCCAAACAGUGAAGAGCCUGGCACUAGAUAUAGAAGAACUUGCUGAUAAAUUGGGACUAGGAUCCAAAUUCUACAUAAUAGGUUUCUCUCUUGGGGGUCAGGUUGUUUGGAGGUGCCUUAAGUACAUCCCUCACAGGUUGGCAGGUGCAGUGCUGAUAGCCCCAGUGCUGAACUACUGGUGGACUGGUCUUCCUAGAAACUUAACAAAUGAAGUCUUUUACCGACAAAAACUACAAGACCAGUGGACACUUCGUGUUGCUCACUACAUUCCUUGGCUAACUUACUGGUGGAACACUCAAACAUGGUUUCCAUCUUCUUCUUUAAUUGCUGACAGUUUAGAUCUUCUUUCCCUUCAAGACAAAGAACUUUUGCCUAAGAGGAUAGAUCGAAAGAAUCAUGUGGGUGAGGUAAGACAGCAGGGAGAACAUGAAAGUGUCCACAGAGAUCUAAUUGUUGCAUUUGGUAGCUGGGAAUUUAGUCCUUUGGAUCUGGAAAAUCCAUUUCCAAAUAAAGAGGGUUUGGUUCAUAUUUGGCAAGGAGAUGAAGAUUUGAUAGUGCCUGUUAAAGUGCAAAGAUACAUUGCACAAAAGCUUCCAUGGAUUCAAUAUCAUGAACUUCAAGGUGCUGGCCAUUUGUUCCCUCAUCUUGAUGGUAUCAGUGAUACCAUUGUUAAGUCACUUUUAAAUGCCCAGUAAAAUUGUUUGGAUAAUUUAUAAAAUUUCAAAUCUAACCCUUCUUUUUUAGAGAAUGUAUUCAUUGUAUAACUUUUGUUUUGUCAUUCAACUAUACGUCUGUGUUAACUUUUAUAUAACAAUUAUU